AGAUCGCUCACCUUCACAAAGCUUCUCCCAGGACUUCGCUGCCGCCGCCCUAAGGGUUCCUGUGAUCUUGGCUUGAGAGAAAGGUGGACUGUCAUGGCAUCUAUCUGGGUUGGACCUCGAGGAACCAUAAAAGAUUACCCAGGCUUUAGCCCGUCGGUGGAUGCCGAAGCUAUCCGGAAAGCGAUCAGAGGACUUGGAACUGACGAGAAGACCCUCAUCAACAUUCUGACGGAGAGGUCGAACGCGCAGCGGCAGCUGAUUGUCAAGCAGUACCAAGCGGCGUAUGAACAGGAGCUGAAAGAUGACUUGAAGAGUGAUCUCUCUGGCCACUUUGAGCACGUCAUGGUGGCUCUUGUUACUGCACCGGCCGUGUUUGAUGCGAAGCAACUGAAGAAAUCCAUGAAGGGCACUGGCACAGAUGAAGAUGCCCUGAUUGAAAUCCUAACAACCAGGACAAGCAGGCAGAUGAAGGAGAUCUCACAGGCCUAUUAUACAGUGUAUAAGAAGAGUCUUGGAGAUGACAUUAGUUCUGAAACAUCUGGAGACUUCCGGAAAGCUCUGCUGACUUUGGCAGAUGGUAGAAGAGAUGAAAGCCUCAAAGUGGAUGAACAUCUGGCCAAAAAAGAUGCUCAGAUCCUCUAUAAUGCUGGUGAGAAAAAAUGGGGCACAGAUGAAGACAAAUUCACCGAGAUCCUGUGUCUACGGAGCUUUCCGCAGUUGAAACUAACAUUUGAUGAGUACAGAAAUAUUAGCCAGAAGGACAUUGAGGACAGCAUUAAAGGAGAAUUAUCUGGGCAUUUUGAAGACCUGCUGCUGGCCAUAGUUCAUUGUACAAGGAACACUCCAGCUUUUUUGGCAGAAAGACUUCAUCAGGCUUUGAAGGGUGCUGGAACAGAUGAAUUUACUCUGAACAGAAUAAUGGUUUCCAGAUCAGAGAUUGACAUUUUGGACAUCAGACAUGAGUUCAAGAAGCACUAUGGCUACUCUCUAUACUCGGCAAUCCAAUCAGAUACUUCUGGAGACUACAGAACAGUGCUCUUGAAGAUCUGCGGAGAAGAUGAUUGAAGAAGAUGGCGUCCAACUGCUGCCUACCUGAUGGUGGACCUCCUCAACAGCUCUGCUCACUGCUUUCAUACAGCACUCCAAAGUGCAAGCACAUGCAAGACAGCAACCUGUCUGCCUGAUAGGCAUUGGCAUCAUUCAGUGCAUCAUCAAAAAUGAACUUGAUUUCAUUUUAGAGCGUCUCAUUCAUAAUGUAGAGGUUUAUAAGGGAAAUGAUAUCUACAAUUUAAAACCUACUAAUGAUUUUCUAUUUGGCUUAGGAAGUUGGAAUCUGUGUAGUUCAAAACCAUUAAACAUAAAUCAGGAUGCUAAAAAUGGCUGCCUUUGCUAACUGUAAUUUGUGUAUUCGUUUUCAGUAUCUACUAAUACUGUAUGUUGCCUGGUCCCAAAAAAAUAUUUCAAAAUAUAUUUGUUGUAAAUGCUG